CCCAAAUGCAUGGACACGGUUCCUUGGGGACGAUAGAGACCCGAGGCUAGAACGAACGGGUUCCCCUUUUCACGUUGACUCUCCCUGCGCGUGCGCACCAGCGGUCUUCUACCAUCUCGGUGGUUGGCUUUCCUCCAUUCCCCUUUCACCAUAGAGACGAAGGAGACACUUGCCUGGGCGACGGACGUCGAAGCGGCCCUUGCCGCAGAGGUUGCCGGGAAGGGAGCGGCGCGCGCGCUGCUUCGCGGGCGUUCGAGGGCGGCGUGAGGAGAAUUUUGUUUAAUAACAACAAUAACAAUAACAAUAGUAGGAACGGGUUGUCGCGUCAGGCGGACGGAGCGAGAGAGAACGCGAGCGAACGGGGCCCGCCCGGGGGAGGCAGUUGCGGCCGCUCCAGCGCCAUGGCGGGAGGAGGCAGCGCCGGCGAGUGGUGCCUCAUGGAGAGCGACCCGGGCGUCUUCACGGAGCUCAUCAAGGGCUUCGGUGAGGCUUGGCGGCGGCCCACUUCGCGGGGAGGCGGGUGGGCGAGGCGGGGCCUUGCCAGCGGGGAGAGGAGGAGGGCUAGGAUUUCCCCAGCUGCCUUUUAUUCGCUGGAGGAAACGUAGUCUCUUGCCAUGUGCAGAGCGCCUUAGUUGGGAAAGCCAGCUUCCUCUCUUGGUGUGUAGAAGUCCUCACUACGGUGCUUCCGAGGCGUGUGCAGAGCGCCUCUCCCAUCCGGUGGAAAGCAGAGUUUUCGUUUAGCUGGCACGAGGCAGGCGGGUUGGGUUGCAAUGAAGUCGGUGCCGGAUUUACGCCUAAGCUAAACAAGCUCUAGCUGAGGGCCCCACUCUCUUGGGGGCUCCCCAAAAAAAUUCAUAGGGAGGGGAAACCUGUGUACGUUUCCGAAAUAAAACAAAUAAAACCUACAUACAGCAACUGUGUUUUGUGUUGUGUAGGCUCUUAUGAUGUAAGCCUGCUAGCAUAGCUGCCAACGUUUUUUAAAGGGAAAUUCCCUUAUUCCGAAUAGGAUUCCUCGCAAGAAAAGGGAAAAGUUGACAGCUAUGCCUGCUAGCCUGCUCCCUAAAAACAGCGAUAAUUUGUUGUUGACGAAGGACAGGGCCCCAUUACCUUCAGUAGCUUAGGGCCUCAUCAGACCUAAAUCUGGCCCUGAAGGAUGUGUAAGGCUCGCAUGCUUUUGCCUUGUCAUUCUGCCCGGCUAUUUUAUAGACUCGUGGAAAGGAAGCAUCAUCUCCUGGUAGCCCCUACAAUGCAGGAAUCUCAACUGUAUGUGCCAACUCCUAGGGGCCGAGGUCCCUUAAGCCCCCUCCCCUCCUAUAAAAUAUUUGAGGGGUCCAGGUCCCCCCUUUAAAGAUGAUGGGCUUUGCCAUACAAAGUUGUGCAUGUGCUGCGUCUUGUAGUUGCUUAUGCGGGGUGGGGCAUACCUGGGGCUCCCCAGUGUUUUAUUCAAGUUGGCACCCCUGAUCUCAGCUAAAGCAUCCAUGACAGGUGGCCGUCCAACCUCUCCUUUAAAACCUCCAAUAAAGGAGGGGUCCACAACUUCCCGAGGGCGUCCGUUACAGCCAUAAAGUUCUCCUCUCUUGUAACUUGAAGUCUUUGGUUCAGGUCGUAUCCCUCCAGAGCAGGAGAGAAGAAGCUCAGUUCCCAGACUAGAUCGUGCCCUGGUUACGAUAGCAUGGCUGGUUGGAAAUCCUAGCAAAGUCACACCCUGAUGUACUUGCAGUUGACCCUAUUCAUAUGUCUAUAUGCUAAUAUCUUCCAUGGUGUUGGACUUGGGCUGAGCCUGGGUUCAAGGGCUUGUGUAGAACUGCUUCAUAGCAUUAUUCUGGUUUCUGGUUUUGUGUGUGGCUGUGGGCCAUUUUUUUUGCACCACAGAAGGUUUGUCAUCAAGCUUUGUUUUCGAAAGAGUUGUAGCCAGCCACUGCCCUGUAUGUGUCCCUGUAUUUGCAGACUCAGGUCAAUUGUGUUGGUGGCUUGUGUGUGUGCAUUUAACACAAUUUAGACAUAGGUCUAAGCCUCCUUUUGACCCAGGUACAUAUUUCUCUGCCCCAAACAUGAUAUUGUGUAUGAUGUCAGUUGUAGGGCAGGGGAGUAUGGCUUCGCCAAAUGGAGACAUUGUGGGCCUAGUUGACCCACAAGCCAGAGAUUUCUCACUACUGAUCUCAAGUGGGCAUUUACAAACAUGUUUCAUAGGAAUGUGCUUGAUAGGGAGCUGGAGUUGGUUGUGUCUCCUUAUUGAAUUUACAUUUUGUUGCAUCUUUUGCAAUUUGAUGAGUGAAGUGGUCGUGGAUGGACCACUUUAGACAAGUUACUGUCCAUCUGUGUAAUCUUAAUCUGUCUUUAUGAUAUGCUUUGAUUUGAGGCUAAAGCAUCUGUCUCAGAUCCUUUAAAGAAAGGAGCUAUUCAGAUUAACAAAUAAUGAUAAUAAAAUCUCUGGCAGAUGACUUUGCUAUCAUCCUAUCUGGUAGAUGUAAUGUAGCUUGCUAUUAUUCAUUUUUUUGCUCUAGGGAAGCUGAGUCAUUAAACAUGCUGACAGGUACACAAGGUCUCAUCUCUGAUUUCUGCACACAUUCAUUAAAAAUAAUUUCUGCUUCAGAGCAUUCCUAAUGCACGUUGUUCACCUUUGCCAGUUCUUUCAUUGCACAUUUUCUUCCUGAAUCAUAUAUAUUGGAAUACCUUUCUAAGUCUAAAUUAAACUAUGGUUUAGGAUUGUGAAUUAAUAAAAAACAUUGCUUCAAUAAGUAAGGCACAACUUUCACUUGUUUAAUAAUUAAGUGCCUGAAGUAAAAGAAAUAUCCCUUGUAACUACUACUACUAAACCUUUUUUGUCAUCAAACUAUUGGCUAUUUUAGCACCAUGGUUGGUAACUUACCCCACCAGGUAGGUGUUUACAAUUUAAACAGAUAUUUGCAAUAUUAGCGUCUGUCAAGAGUAUUCUUUAUCCAAAUUCUCAGACGCCACAUUUUUAGUAUCCCACAUAUUUGUGGCAUUGUGGACAUUCUGAGAUAUCCAUUUUUAGCAACUCAUUUUUUAUUAUAAGGUUUGUAAAUAUGUAAAUUUGGCAUGAUUUUCAUGCCAUCAUGAUUUACAUAUACGAUAGACCAAUUUAUUAUAAAAUGCAAUAGAAGGGGUGGAAGUUAUUUCUGUAUGUUGAAACAAAAUUAAGUUGUUUAGAAAGAGGUGUCAGGUUUUAGUUUUAGUUUUUCCUGUAAAGCAAACUUUCUAAGCAGGAAUAAUCACAAUAAUUACAAUAAUUAUCUCUGCUACUACAGGUUGUAGAGGCGCGCAAGUAGAGGAAAUAUGGAGUUUGGAGCCAGAGAACUUUGAGAAAUUAAAGUAAGUUUUAUUCCAAAUAAUUUACUUCUCUUUCCCCCAUCCCCAAUUCUUAUUGCUAAAAAAAUCCGUCAGGUAUAAUAGUGCACACUUACAGAGUUGUGUGUUCCAUUCAUACAUUAAAGUGAACAAUGGAGGGAGCUGGGAGCAGCAUCCUGCAAAUUUUUUUGGAAAGGCAUGCAUUUCUUUUCCUGCUGACCCUGGGCAGUUCCUGUCCUAAGCUUUUAAGUGUUGGUUGGGUUAAGUAAUAAUUUUCUAUGUUCAUAUUCGGUACUAAGCCACAUCUGGUUUAGCAAAGUAUACUGUUCACACAGCAGAAACACUUGCUUCUUGCAAGCAAGGAAAGCACAAAAGGGAUAUGUAGAAGUGAUGUAGGAGCCCAGGGUAGUGGUUGGUUUUUUUACCCUUGGUUGUUAAACCAUCAACCAGUUACAGCUUAAGCCUGGGUAGAGAUUGUGGCUUGUUACAACAAACCUCUGCCUCGGGUUCAGACAUCAUGCUAAGCUAUCUCUGUCAUGCUUUAUUCACAUGUUUGAUUGAAGGGAAGAGUUACAUGUCAACACUCGGACUGCGUGCACCAGCACAUACCUCAGGCACAGUAGGGCUUACUAAACAAGAUUUUACACCUUAUUGUUCAGGUGUAGCCAUUAAAAAAACUAUGUGUGUGUUCAUUUAGGUUUAUUGAAUUUGUUUAGUGAUGUUUAGUGGAUUUUUAGUGUUUUAACUUUUGACAUGUUGUGAUAAUGCUUUACUGGGUUUUCUUGCUUGUUUUCUUUUUGUGCUCCUUUUUAUGUAGGCCAGUUCAUGGAUUAAUUUUUCUGUUCAAGUGGCAACCAGGAGAAGAACCAGCUGGCUCUGUCGUUCAGGACUCCAGAUUAGAUACUAUAUUUUUUGCUAAACAGGUAUAGUAAGUUAAAAGAUUAUCUGUGACACCUCCUAAUUAGAUGCAGCAAGUGAAAAUAAUACAACUUUGAAACAUUGUGACAUAGUCUAAAUAGUAAGGCAGUCUGGCAGAACAGGUUGUUCAGUGAAUAAUAAAAAUUAUCAUGGGCAAAACAACUUUGUUUUAUGUGCAUUCAAAUUUAAUAUUUACGAAGAUGCAACACUUGCCUUUUAUGAGUCAAGAAUAAUUCAUGGGCUGCAAACUUUGCAGAUUUUCUCGGAAGUAAAUCUCAUAUAUCUCUGGCAGUUCUGAGUAAGCAUGCAAAGGAUUCUGCUUUAAGGGAAUUUUCACAAACAUUGGGAAACUUAGUCUCCACUUUGAGGAUAUUUCUCACAAAGCAGCUUACAGCAUUUCAAAAUGCAGAUCCACAUUCAUAAAACGUUUAAACAACAAUCAACAGCACUGAUAAGAUCAGCAUAAAACAACAGUAGCUCAACAAUAUUCCAGUUUACUAUUACAACUGAUUAUCCCACAUUAAAUACGGGGGGCUGCCUGAUCCCUGUCAGGAUUGUGUUCCAUAAUUUCAGGGCCAUUGCAGAGAAGGCUCUAAUUUGUGUGUUCACCAGCCUGAUUGCCUUUGAUGGUGGACACUGAAGCAUGCCUUCUACCGUAUCUUAAAUUGCAGACAGGACAAUAUCAUCAUUAUAAACAUUUGUUACACAAAAGGGCAGUAAACAAACAUACACGUAUGCAUGUAUAUAUGAUGAAAGAUAAAUGAAUUCACAUUUUUUAAAAAAUCUUUCAACCAAAGUAAAUAAUGAGCAUGGCUUUAGAUCAUAUCCUACUUUCUCAUUCCAAAAUAAGAUAUAACUCGCCCAUUUUCCACUAAACUUGUUUUGUUAUAAAUUUCUUUCUGGUGCUGUGAUGAGUUUAGUGAGUUCAUACAUUGUGGUUAGGUCUCAAAUCCUGAAAAACCACUCUGAUGGGGAGGGGCAGUUCUUUUCCCCCAGAAAGUUGAGAUUGACCUUUUGAUGGCUAUUAACACAUUAUUACAGUAGGGACGACCUUGCACAGGGGUUGUAUUCUGAGAGUAGUGCAUAAAGCCCAAAUGGCAUAUUGUCAAAACAGCCCCCUGGAAUCACUUCCACACAGGGAAUCUUACCUUCCAGAGCUGGCGCGAGAUCUUGUGAAGGCCUCCAGAGCCCACAAAAGGGUUUCAAUAAAAGGGAGCUUAAAAGCUCUUGUUAUGCAGGGUUCUAUUGGCAUGGAAAUAGCUUUUAAGUUCUCUGCCUUGCUUACAGGGAUAUUGGACGGCAAUGUGAGAUCUUGCCUCCAGAGCCCACACAAGAUAUUCCCAGAGCCCCAUAAGCAAGGUGGAGAGCUUGAAAGCUGUUCCCAUGAUGGGAAAAUCCAAUUUUCCCUGGGAGAUAUACAUUUAUUUUAAAAGUCCAAAGUAAAGUGAUGUAUAAGAAAGUAGUGUUAUAUCCUGGAAUAUUUUAUGGUAGAAUGGAAUUCUGAUAGGUAAAAGCAUUGGUACCCUCCACCAGCAACCCUAUCAUCUAUCUUAGGACCAUCUCCUUCCCAUUCUGUUGUUCUUGUCUGCAUGUGUACAAGCACAGUAUCAUAGUGGCUCAGGAAUGGGGAACCCAUAGCCCUCCAGAUGUUGUUUGACUGCAGCUCCUAACAUUCCUUAACAUUAACCAGCCUGUCUGGGACUGAUCAGAGUCCAACAACAUCUUGGUGGGGUGGGGUGUAGAGUUCACAGGAUUCUUACCCUUGUACAAAUAGUUGGUGGAAUAGCAAAAAAAGAAAUCAUUGUUGCUCCUUUCCAGUUUCAUUGUGUGACUGGUAAAAUUGCAUCAUAUAAAACUAUAGCAAGCAUAGUUUGAGGCAGAUUUAUUUAGAAAUUUGGGGGUUGAGCAAGGAAUGCCACUUGGCAGUAGAACUUCCCAUUCCUUUCCUUUUGCUCUGCAGCCCCUGCUGCAAUUCUGGUCCAGUGGUGGGGACCCCUAGAAAAUAUUUUUUUGGAGAAGAGGACUUCAGAGCCAAGUGGAAGUCCUUGCAUGAAGUCAAUUCUAUGCAAAUGUCUUUUGGGAGGGGAAGUGUAAGAAAAGUUUAAGUUCAGUUUCCAAAAACCUGGCAUUGUGGUGAGAGUUCAUCAAAGAAAAUGUGUAUUGAUAUGUUCUAUGGCACUGUGGUCUAAACCGCUGAGCCUAGGGCUUGCCAAUCGGAAGGUCAGUGGUUUGAAUCCCCUCGACGGGGUGAGCGCCUGUUGCUCGGUCCCAGCUCCUGCCAACCUAGCAGUUUGAAAGCACGUCAAAGUGAAAGUAGAUAAAUAGGUACCGCUCCAGCAGGAAGGUAAACAGCGUUUACCACAUGACCCGGAAAAACUGUCUGCGGACAAAUGCCGGUUCCCUCAGCCAGUAAAGCGAGAUGAGCGCUGUAACCCCACAGUCAUUCCUGACUGUACUUAACUGUCAGGAGUCAUUUACCUUUUUAUUUAGUCAUACUUAAAUAAAUCUCAGCUUCUGGGCAUACUUCAUCUUCUGACCACUUGCACUCCAGUUCCCCUCCUUUUUUUAUUCCUAGUAUGUUGAGUUUAGCCCUGAUUUAGCAAAUCUCAUUACUGAGAGAGAAAAGCCAGUUCAUAUAUGAAAUUUAGGAAUGAAAAAUGCAGACUCAAAAGUGACUUUCAGAUUAGAGCUAACUUUAUUUAAUAGGGAUUUUGCAUUUGCUGGGUCUUGAAGAUAAAAUGGUAGGCAUUAUUCUUGGAAGGCUGUGCCUUCCAGUGAACUACUAUGUCAAUUCUUGUAUUUUGAAGGAUGUUGUGGGGAAAUACUCUUAGGCUAGCAGUUCAGAGAACUGACACUUGAUGGCACCAAAAUAAUGUUGUAAAAGGGAAUUCUACAGGAGUAGGUACCCAUGCAAUAUUUUUUGCAUUCCUACUGCUUGAUCUCAUCUAAAUUUUAAAACCAAUCAAUCAAGCUUUACAGACAAUUUUUUAAAAAAAAUAAAUAAAUAUCUUAAUAUGAUAACCAAGUAAUUUCUGUAAUAACAUCCAGAUUGGCGAUGAAACAAAUGAAAUAAAAUUGAUGGCCUGUUAAUAGAGAUUGUAGCUCUUGAGCAUUUCUUGGAUAAUCACACGAUAAAGUUGUCUGCAUGUUUGUCAAUGUGGCCAGCUUCAUAUGCACACUUGUAAAAUUUGGCCUCCUUGUUAUGCCUAGAUAUGAUACGGUCCUGUAUUUUGGGGCCUCAGAACUCUGGAUCACCCUAUAUGAGCUAGGAUACCUAGGCACAAUAAGGUGAGGUAAGGGUGCAAUUUCUGCCUUAACUCUAAAUUCCUAGCUUUGCUAUUGUGUCAGAGUAGAUUAAUAGUGUUUUUUCCCCGUGUACUGUUAAUCAUAAAACAACAGUACAAUGGGUUGGGGUGGGGGCUAAUCGCAUGAAUCAAAAUUGCUUAUUUUAUUUUUUAAACUUCGCUAUUUUUAACUUUGUUUGAAUAGCUUCUUAUAUUAAUUUGCUAGUGUACAUGAGAAAGCUUUUUAAGUAGAAAAACUCAGGUGUUCUAAGUGUGACAGAUAUCUGAACAGAAAGAUACUUUAUGGAAAGCCAACCUCUUAGUGUGCUUCAUCUUCCCAACUAUGAACCUUCUCAGAUCUGACUUGCUGUCACUCAGCUUGUCCUCUUUCUUUCGUAAUUAUGAGUAUGUCAGUCUCAUCUCUGUAUGUUGAAAAUGUUCGUAUCAUUUAGGCAUCAGUAUUUUAAGUUUUUUAUUUUUAUUUGUAGGGGUGUUUUUUUUAAAAAGGACUACAGGUAUUUUCUCAUGGUUGUUCCAUUGAUGACCAUUCAGAUGGUACCUUGGUUACUUGGUCCAUUUUAAACUUCACUGCUGCUCCUUUUGAUUAUACUACUUUCUCCUUACGGCUUCAAUCAUAGACCCAUUUGCUUGGAAGGAAAGUCCAAGUUAGCUCGAUAAUGCUUAUUUCUGAGUUAACAUACACAUGAUUCUGCUAUAAGUGACUUUUUGUGUAAAAAGUGGGAAAGACCUCCAUUAUUCCUUCACUGCUGUUAAUCUCCAAAAAGCAUUAGUCAUUAUUAAACAAAAUGUAAGAGGAAAGUUCAACCUAGGAAUUCCUAUCUAGAUGCUCGCUGUCUUUUUGUAUAUUUGUGGAGUAUGUCUAAAGUAGCUCUGUGCAUUCUGGCCCAUUCUAGUAAAAAGGAAGUUAUUAAUUUCUUUCAUUUAUAAAAAUGGAGUACCUCGUUAAAAAAAAACUCCCACCCAAUUUAACUAACUCCUAUUGUCCAAGAGUCUGUAACUCACAUAUUUCAGUGUCAGGGCAAUAAAACAGGUUUAAUUUGUUUCUCUAAACAAAGCUGCAAAAUAAGUCAUUAGGUGUCAAAGGCAUUUUACCUUCCUGCAGUGGAUAUGGGGUUGGGAGCAUACUGAUGUAGAAGAAGGGGCUCUUACUUUAAACUUAAAACAUAGUCCAGUCUUGCCCACCUUCCACAUUGUUCCAGAGAGUUCACUGACUUGCCAGAGAAGCUUUUCAGGAAACUUCAGGAGGAAUUGAUGAAAAUCACUUCCCACUCUUCCUCCAACAGAUUGUUCCAUAAGCUGAGUUUCACCCCAAGUAGCCUGGAUCCAACCCAAUGGCCAUAGUGGGUAAACUUGUGGCUACUAUAACUCAUUUUAUAAUUUGUCUUGUAUUCAAUUAUUUCUGAAUUUUCACUUUGUUUCUUUUUUAACAGGUAAUAAAUAACGCCUGUGCAACUCAGGCUAUAGUAAGUGUGCUAUUAAACUGCACCCAUCAAGACGUCCAUUUAGGAGAAACGCUGUCGGAAUUUAAAGAAUUUUCACAAAGCUUUGAUGCAGCAGUACGUCCAAUUAUUCUAUAUUCUCUCUCUCUCUCUCUCUUUUUUAAAGAAGCAUCUUAAGCCUGGGUCGUUAGUUGAACAAAUGUCUCAUUUUAAUUUUAGAUGAAGGGCCUGGCAUUAAGUAACUCUGAAGUGAUUCGACAAGUCCACAACAGUUUUGCCAGGUAACAAGAACUUUGAAGCCUUUCGGAUACAGUUUCCAGAGAUGCUUUUGGUUUAACAUCCAUGCUUGUCUCUAUUUUAACCUCUAGACAACAAAUGUUUGAGUUUGAUGCAAAGUCGACGGCAAAAGAAGAAGAUGCUUUUCACUUUGUCAGCUAUGUUCCUGUGCAUGGAAGAUUAUAUGAACUGGAUGGUCUAAGAGAAGGCCCAAUAGAUUUAGGUAACUCUCACAUUUCACCUGUAUAAUUUCCUGCCUGAAUGUCAUUCAAAGUAUACCGGGUGUAUACAAAAUACAUAGGGUAGCAAGGGUAGAAGACAGGACCAGCUGGUGGGCUUCAGCCUGAAUUACCUGUCAAACUGGGUGUUGGAGGAAAAAAAGCUAAGAUAGCUAAGUAGACUCUUUUAAUGCCAUUCAGGGUGUACAUAAGGUGGGGUGGUAGCCUGUAAAACUUUUUGAGAGCCAAAGGUAAAGGGACCCCUGAACAUUAGGUCCAGUCGUGGCCGACUCUGGGGUUGCAGCGCUCAUCUCACUUUAUUGGCCAAGGGAGCCGGUGUACAGCUUCAGGGUCAUGUGGCCAGCAUGACUAAGCCGCUUCUGGCGAACCAGAGCAGCGCACGGAAAUGCUGUUUACCUUCCCGCCGGAGCGGUACUUAUUUUUCUACUUGCACUUUGAGGUGCUUUUGAACUGCUAGGUUGGCAGGAGCAGGGAUCGAGCAACAGGAGCUCACUCCGUCGCAGGGAUUCGAACCGCUGACCUUCUGAUCAGCAAGCCCUAGGCUCUGUGGUUUAACCCACAGUGCCACCUGCAUGCUAUUAGAGAGCCUUACCUUCCUUUAAAUACAUCACUACAAAAUUUACAAUAUCAAACCAAUGUAUUUCCAAUGUUAGAACCACAUUGCUAAUCUCAGUAUUAUUUAUAAUUUAAAUGCAGUUAUCUUACUCUAUUAAUUCUUUAAUCCUCGGCCAGUAAAGCGAGAUGAGCGCCGUAGCCUCAGAGUCAUCCGCUACUGGACCUAACGGUCAGGGGUCCCUUUGCCUUUAAAAACGUGAUUUUAUUGUUUUAGAAAUGAUAUACGUGAUUAUACAGCAUCCCUGGAAUCUAAAUAUUAGUUUAAAAUCAGUAUACUUUCCCUAAGAUUUAUAGGAGCUGCCUAUGAUCAAGAAAUGUGUCAAUGCACCAAAACAACCUCAGCAGACUAUUUAUUUAUUUAUUAUUAUUUAUUUAUUGAAUUUAUAUACCACCCUAUACCCAGAGGUCACAGGGCGGUUCACAGAAUAAAAUCAAAAUAUAAAACCACAAAAUACAUAAUCAAAAUAAAAAACAACAACCCAAUAGCCAACUCUUGAGCUGCAACAAGUCUGGCUACUCUCUUUGUAACAAAUGUAUCUUGGCUAGAUAGUAAAAAAAAUAAGUUUGACUUCAUCAGCAGGUAUUGUGUAUCUGAAGCUUACAGUCCUAUAAACUUGUAACUUGCAAGAAAAUUAACUUGUACUUCUUGUGUAUUUCCCAUUUAGGAGUAUGCAAUCAAGAUGACUGGAUCAGUGCUGUAAGGCCCGUCAUAGAAAAACGAAUACAAAAGUAAACAUUUAAUUAACUGUUUGCAUUAGAUUGUCCUGUAGAGAAACCAAAAUACCCGGCUGUAAAUUUGGCAAAAUUUGCUUACAAACAUGCUUAAGCUGUGUUCGCAAGGUAACUGGAAUCAUCUUGCAAUAUUCUUAACUUGACACAUAUGUUAAAAUCAGCGCAUAAUGAGAGAACAGAGUGUUAUCACUCUCCACUUCUGUUGCUGGUCGCUGCAUUUGCCAUUGUUAAUUGGUGGGCAAUGUUUAGUUGGCUUUGUUCUUAAUGCAGAAGUGUCCGAAGCUUAUCAAUAGCUAUGAGACUCCUGAUGCAGUGAUGGCAGUAUGUGACAACUCUGUUUUUAUUUUGUAGGUACAGUGAAGGCGAAAUAAGGUUUAACUUGAUGGCAAUUGUAUCUGACAGAAAAAUGAUAUAUGAACAGAAAAUUGCAGAGUUGCAGAGACAACUUGCUGAGGUAUUCUGCUAAUCGAAUAGGUUGUUUCGGUAACUUGGUUGCAUCGUAAGCCUUAGUUAGUAAAUUGCCCUGGGAGCACCUCGUGUUGCAGCAUUCCUGAAGCUAAGCAGCUAAUAAAUCACAACAGGAAUCAACUCAGAGUAUCAUGUAAGAGUGGGAGACAAGUGUAUUUUUUUUAUUUCAAAGAGAAAAAGUUGGGCAAUAUGAAUUGGGUCUCUUUCACUACCACUUUCUUUUCCUUUCUGAACAACUGUAUAGCACCUAGACUUCUGUACAUAGCCUGAAAACCCCAGCUCUCUUCUCUAACUUUUUUUAAGCCAGUAUGCUUGGUUGUUGUAGAGGUAGGCACAAAAGUAAUUGUAGGAAAUGCAGACACACGGAGGUGGGGGCGACAGAAACGAAGCAAACUUCAAUUAUUCCGCAUUUCUUCCAGCUUUUUAUUAUUUCUGAUCUCCUUUAUCAAGAGGCAAGCAAAUGGUACUAGCAAAUAAAAGUACUUUAGCAACCACUUUUAAUCAUUACAGGACAGAAUAGAGCAUUGCAUGAUAAUUUUCACAAUACAUGCAAAUGAGACUAGUGAGGCAAGCUUUGGUUCUUUGUCCGCUGUAUGAUAUUUUAUCUCUGUGAAUCUUGACUGGAUGACAUUGUGCUAGAAACGCUAACAUGCAAGUAUAAAUUGUUUUUCCCAAUAGGAAGAGCCCAUGGAUACAGACCAGAGCAGUAAUAUACUAAGUUCUAUUCAGUCAGAAGUUGCAAAAUAUCAGAUGUUAAUUGAUGAAGAAAACCAAAAAUUGAAAAGAUACAAGGUAUGUGCUGUGCAUGCUCAGAAUGGUUUUUUAAAAGUGGGGUGCUAACCAUGUGGUUUCUGAGCUGAAAGAAAUGGAGAAACAUUAUGCUCCAUGGCUGUGUUGGUCCCACAGAAUGUGACACAAGCUGGUGAAGAAAUGUCAACACACUAUGCCUUUUCAAAUAAUUGAUUCUUCAUCUGGUGCUCAGAGCAAAACUAAUGAGCUUUUGUGUGCAGGAUGGAGGGCUGGCUAGCUGUCUCUGGAAACAGAAGAGUAGAAAACAGCUUAUUCUAAAUAAAUGUGUGUUGCCCCAAGGAGUGGUUUCAGACUUGCUUCUUAUGGGAAUCCCUUUGCACACUGACUUUUCCAUUAAGGAAGCCCUGAUAGUUCCUGAGGUGACAAGAAGCAUAAUCAGUUUACUUGGGCUGCUGGCCCCAGUCCUGUUAGUUCUCACAUAUCUAAAAGUAUACUGUGGCUGCAUUACAGGGGCAGAUGGGUAGUGAUGGGCACGCUUUCUUUCAGGGAUGUUUUCCCAUCAUCACUUACUUUCACCUUGAGGAGCUUGCGGUCAACUUCUGAGGACCUGCAGGGUUCCCCAGUUUUGAAAAUCACUGUGGGGUAGACGGGAAGAGAGACGGCUUGUGAUCUCAGAUGUCAAACAUUUCAGAAGUAAUCAGUAGUUUCUGGUGCCCACUGGGACUGAAAGGGCAGAAGGCAGGAAGACCAAUAGUAGUAGGUGGAACCAGAGAUGAUGACAGCCAGAGCCAUUGACGAAUAGAGCCUAUCAAAUGACUGGCUGUAAGAAGGCAAGCAGAAGGAGAAGAAGAAAAACAACGCAUCUUGGAGAACUGAAUUAAUCACAUUUUGUAAAGGAGAGGCGUUUCAUUUAUGCUUUCACAUUUCAAAGCAGUUGCACAGUCCUCUUACACAAAGCCCAGGCAUUUUUAAGCAAAGGUUGGAUGGUCAUCUGUCAUGGAUGCUUUAGUUGAGAUUCCUGCAUUGGACUAAAUGAUUCUUGAGGGUCCAUUCCAACUCUACAAUUCUAUGAUUCAGUGCAAAAAAAUAAUAAUGAUGUGAACCGUAAAGUGUGAGCAUUCCUUUUGAAAGCAAGAGAGGUUCUGAGGGAACGUGAUACCAAAGCCUUGGGAUACUGUUCAGUGUUGCAGUGUCUGACCUGAACUGACCCUUCCCAAAUUUACCUCCAGUUAUUGAAUGGCAAGUUUGGUCUGCGUCGCCAGUGUCCUGCCCUCGAAGGGACCUAUGGGGUCUGAUGAUACUGGAGAUGGAAAGAGGCCUUUCACUCUUAAGUUCUUUAUAAUUUCAUGGCUGGUUUUUAUCCCCGCCACCCCCAUGCCUUGUUGAAAUUUCUUUUCUACCUUGAUUCUAGGGGGCUGUGCAACCUGAUCCCUCCAACAAGGUCAGAUGGCUUGUAAUCCUAAUUCUAGUUCCUGUUUAAAACUCCUCCUUUGUUUCAGAUCACUUCGUAAUUUUUAACAUUUGAUCUUUCUAAUAAAAGACACCCCUCCCCCCGCAACUUGCUCUGUGGUCUCUGUUCUGUGGCUUGUUGCAUAAACUGGCACAGACAUUAGUGCAGCCAUUUGGCUCCCACAGAUAACUGGACACUUUAAGAGGUACUCAUGUUGGAAGAUGUGUAGCUCUUGUUCCAUUAAUUGGAACAUAAUUUCCCGUCUGUUCAUGGAAUGGAAGGGGCAAGCUUCGUAAUCCGACAUUAACAUGGCUCGUGCAGAGGACUACUUGCAGGAACAAUUAUUUGCAGGUUAAACUGGUUACAGCGGGAUCUGUACCUGCUGCAACUCUGAUCUAACUUUUUUAUGUGUUGCUUCCGUUACAGUUUGCUUCUUAGUGUGAUUGUAAUGUUACAUAGCAUAGUGUGUGGAUUUCUGAGAUCAGGGCGGCCACGGGAGUACUUCAACACGGAACCUGCAAGCCUCACACUCCCUUGGCACGCGCAGAGGCCAAAAUUUGACACACGCAAACACACAGCUCUUGUGCUGCCUUCCCAAACCCUGAUAAGCAAGGCAGUGAGCUUUAAGGAGGCAGAAGGCUCUGGCAAGGUCCUAGAGCCCUCAGGCCUCUUUCCCAAAGCCCAGUGCCUCGCUUACCCAGCUGCGGGAAGGCAACACGACGGCUGGGACGGGGAGGUGUCAGAUGUUAUUGAGGGCUGCCAAAAAGACCUUGAGGACCACAUAUCUUCUGCUCUGUUCAGAUACAUUUUUACCAUAGUGAUGCAUCAAAGGCUUUUCUUACUCUGCACAGACUUCUUUCACUGCCCAAAGCACUACAGGUUGCAGGCUUUUAUACAGACUAAUGAUAAUUGACUUAAUUUGCCAGCUAGAUUACCUUAAGAGCCUUGUCGGAAUGAUUGAAGUAAAUCCCAUUAUGAUGUUUGAAACUUGUUGAAUGCAGUACCAUCACCCCAUCAAACAUACCUGCACAGCUAUUUAUUAUUUAAAAGGACAAAAACGGUUAAUAUUCUUUCGCUGAUGAUAUUGUCUAUCCCUGGUUCGGAUCUGUUCUGACAUCAGACGCUGUGGUUUUCUGCAGGCUAACUAACAUCCUACGAGGGCACAUCAGGCCAAUGUGGUUGUCUAUACAGUGGUACCUCAGGUUACAUAUGCUUCAGGUUACAUACGCUUCAGGUUACAGACUCCGCUAACCCAGAAAUAUUACCUCGGGUUAAGAACUUUGCUUCAGGACGAGAACAGAAAUCGUGCAGCGGUGGCGCAAUGGCAGCGGGAGGCCCCAUUAGCUAAAGUGGUGCUUCACGUUAAGAACAAUUUCAGGUUAAGAAUGGACCUCCGGAACGAAUUAAGUACUUAACCCGAGGUACCACUGUAUAUAACAACUGAAGCUGCAGUCCUUUACAUGGGCAUAGCAUGGGCAUCAGCUCCACUGAACUCAUUCAGACUUAUUUCUCAGUAGACAUAUACAAGAUUGCAGUAGGGCUUUCUGUUCGGCUGUUCUAAACUUUGGUCUGACAUAAGUCCUAUUCAGAAUUUAAUGAGCCUAAGUUGGCCAUUCAUAUUAACAUUGGUGAAUCUACUCCGAGUAGGGCUAACAUUGAACACACACACACACCGAUAUUUUGUUUUUCUUAUACUGAGACCAUAAUCUGAACCUAAUACGUUUUCCCCAAAUUAGCUAUUGGCUACUUGCAAAAAGGUUGAUACAAUUAAAAUAAUUCUAAAAAUCUGUAAAUCUUCAUUUUGUUUGGGUUGAAACUCAAGAUUUUCAUAAAAGCAGAGUUUUUUAAUGCAUGCUUCCUAUCUUGUGUUAGGAUAAUGUUUUAGCAAUUGUAUUGUUCCAAUUUUUAUUGUGGCUCUUUUGUACUAAGAGAAUAAUGCUGUGAGCUAUAGGCCAUAACAGCAAAUACUUAAUGACUUGGCAUGCACAUUGAGCUUCCCAUUAUUAUCCAUGAAGUUAGACUAUCUAAAGUUAGCUCCUGUCUGCUUUUUGCAGACAGCUAAUGACUGCAUAAUUUCAAUAGUGACUUCCUUCUGAAGAAAGGAAAACUACAGAAUUUGGAGAACUGGUGAACUAUAGAAACCUUUAUCUUGCCUCUUGAAACACUUACAUUCCAAAUCUUGUCCACACAAGUUUUAUUCAGGCUGGAAGCCUCAAAAAGCUUCUACGCUCCAGCAACUGGCAAAUUUUACUCUUGCACAACCCAAAGGGGUUAAGAGGGCAAAGUGUUAGAGAAACUGAUUUUGCUUUUAAAACAUUUCUAACUUGCUUUUCAUCUCAGGAUGAAGUUACAUUUCAGAGCACAACAAUAAUAACUAAGCAGCUUUUUUUUUUAAUGCCAUCAAGUUUUUUUAAAACUACAGGGAGGCUGCAUAAAUCAACCCUCAACUGAACAACUAAUGACCCCCCAAAUGCUUGAGAAAACAAUCAUACUUAAACUGGCACAGAAAAUAAAAAGCAGUCUGCACCAGUCAUCCCAUAAUCAGCACCAGCAGUAUGUUGCAUCCCCCAGCCAAAAUUUCUCUCUUCUCUCUCUCCCCUCUCCAAAAUAUAAUAAAACUUGCACAAGGGAGAUAGUGAUUUUGCUCAAAUGCUUAUUGACAAAGUUUAUUGUAUGUAUUUGCUAAUGCAGUGAGGUGGAAACCUGGCUUUGCGGUGUGUGCACAUGAUGGGAUUUAAUGCUAAUUUCUUUAAUGUCUCACCUAUGCUUGUAGAUUGAAAACAUUAGAAGAAAACAUAACUACCUGCCAUUCAUUAUGGAAUUGUUAAAGACUUUAGCAGAACAUCAGCAGCUAAUCCCACUUGUAGAAAAGGUAAGUGUUGUGCUCUCAGCCUCAAAUAACUUAAUAGGCAGGCUGUUUGUGUGUAUGUGUUGUGCAGCACACACCUGAACAUUAGUGGGAAAUGUCAGAGUAAUCAGUAGAAGCAGAAUCGUGAAACCUGUAGACUUUUUUGUUUAGAGAAGAGAGUAUCUGAAGCACAUACACCUAGAUGGCACUCUUUCUCUUGUAUUUCUCACUAAACCCCUAGCAAACUGUAAGCUUCGGCUUCUGUAGCAUCUAUUCUGAUUAUAUUGACUUCAUGGCAUUUUGCUAUUUCCUCAGUGCUCUGGUUCCAGUUGUAGCAUAGAUUUGCCAGUGUGGCCUAAUUCCAAGCACGUUUAAUCAAUAAAAUAACACUCAGCCUGUCCCCUGCAGGGCUAUUAAACUGUUCGGAGAUUCAGCUGACCCGAUUUAGAUUAUUGUUCUGAAAUUGCCUUGCACAUGUUCUUCCCAUGUGCUCUAGAUGUACAAUGAGUACAAUGAUAGAUACUGAGUUUUAGUCCUAUGUACAUCUACUUGAGAGUAAAUGUUGUAAGCUCUUCUGGACUGAUUUGUGAUUAUAUAUCGGUUUCCAAAGUUCUGUCUGUAUCAAACUGCAUCUGUUGUAGAAUGCAGUUGCUUGUAUAUUCAGUGAUUGAAAAGAUAAUGCAGAGUUUUGUAUAUUUUGAGUUACAGAAGGGGAAAAAAAUACCUGGCCUGUUAUAACAGUGCAGCCUGCUUUCUCUGUCUGACUUUACCUUCUAGGCGAAAGAAAAACAGAAUGCCAAGAAAGCUCAAGAGGCCAAAUGAAGACUGGUGUCCUUUUCUUUCGUUCAUUUUGUGGGUGGUCAGGGUUUUUGUUUGUUUUGUUUUGAGAGGGGAAUGUGCUUCUGAAUUUCUUCGUCUUCAUGAAAGUAACCCUGCAAGACUUCUUGUAAAGUUUAAAAUUGUCCGACGCACGUUUACUGACCGUAACAGUUUGUCCUGUCCCAUUUGCACGGAGUCUAUAAAUCUUCCCCUUUUUCCUUGCAUCAUGUGCAUGUACUACCGCUCGGUAAUGUUUUUAGAGUCUCCGUCAAAUUCCAGUAUUUAACAGUUAUAUCUGACUUGAUUCUUCAUAACUUAAUCAGGAAAUACUGCUGCAAUUUGUACAGACCCAAAUUUGUGAAAGUAAUGUAGAUCUUUUUACCACAAUGAAUAUAUUUAAAUAUCUUGUCUCACAGUGAAGCAUUGGAUAUAUAGUUAUGUGAAGAAAGCUUGACUUGUUUUUUUUUUUAAAAAAUAAGUUGGCCUCUCUUUGUUUAUCACCACUAACUGUCCUCGUCUCUGAAUCUUUCAGUGGCUCGCCCUGUGUUCUUGUUUAUAUGGAGUUGUGUCUAAAUUUUUUACAGAGUUGAAAGUACAGAUUGAACGGUAGAAUCAUUUACAAUGACCAAUGGAUAAGCUUGAGAGUUUAUUGCUUUAGUAGAAAAAAAUAAUAAUAAAUUCCCAUUUUUAUUUUGGCACAUGUUUGUACCUUGUAGUAUUGCUGUCCAUGGGUAAUAUGAUUUUUGCAAGGAAAGCAGUCUUGCCUUGUCUUGAGCCAUUUAUGUAACACCAAAGUUGCAAAAGAUUUUUGCAGAGAUGUUUUCUCAUAGGAUGAGGUUGUAUCUAGUACGGUUUUAGGGAGAAUUUUUAACUUGCCCUGCUCUGGUGUACAUCACUACAUGUAUAGAUUUUGUCUUGAUAUUCCCAAUUAAACAAAUGCUCUAUUUUCAUCCUUCAAGAUUUUAGAAGAAAAAAAGUAUGUUUAUGUUUAGCGAAGUAUUUAAUGGGUGAAAAAUUCAUGCUUUAUCACGAGCACAUAUUGACAUUUCAGCUG